UCUCUUCGCCGACCUUCUCUCUCUUCUAAGGCCCUUUUAGGUAAUAUGGGGAGAGGGAGGGGGCCGAGCUCCAAAACGGCCAAUGGGAGGCGGCGGCGACGGGGGCGAUACAAGGAGGAGGAGGAGGACGACGACGACGAUGAUGAGGAGUACGUGGCGGAGGAGGAAUACGGGGAGGGGUCGGGGAGCUCCGCCGAGUCCUUGGUCGCUUCCGAGGAGGAAUCCGGGGAGGAGGAGUUCGAUUUUGGCGGAUCCGCAUGCUCCGAGGAGGACGAUGAUGCGGUGUUCGACGAGGAGGAGGAGGAGGAGGAGGAGGAGGAGAAGGUAGAGAAGAAGAGGAUCUCGCGAUCGGAGCCACGGAGGAGCUCCUCUAAUGGCCGGAGAAGGGGUAGGACGGCUAAGGUUUCGGAUGAUGAUGAUGAUGAUUAUGAGGGGGAGGAGGAGGAAGAGGAGGAGGAGGAGGAGGAGGAAAAAAGGACGGCUGCGAUUGGGAGGAAGAAGGGGAGGGUCCGAUCUCGCGGCAGGAAAGCUAGGGUUUCGGACUACGAAGAGGAGGAGGACGAGGACGAGGAGGACGAGGACGAGGAUUUCUCGCCGGAUAAGGAAGAUGACGAAGAAAUUGAUGUUCUUGUGAGCUCUGACAAGAUUGGUUCAAGGAGAAAUGGAGAUACGAGAAAAAUCGGAAGGAAGCGCAAAUCUAGGGUUUCAAAGACAAAGAAUGGGAGGAAAACGGUGAAGCAGCUGCCGAGAAAGAGGCGAAGGAGAAGACGAGAGCAGUUGAGAGAUGAUGAUGACUACGAAGAUGAUGAUUUCAUUGUGAAAGAUCCGGAGGAAGUAAAUAGGAAGACAAAGAAGAAGAGGAACAAGAUUGGGAGAAGAAACAGAACAAAUAAUCCAGCGCCGGUGAAGAAGAGAUCGUCGGUGGAUUCAGAUACAUCGGAUUUCGAAUAUGUGACGUCAGAUGAUGAUGAUGAUUUUGUCGAGGAGGCUCCGGUCAAGAGCAAGAAGAGGAGGAAGCGACGAUCAUCGAUUAGAUUGGAUUCAUCUGACGAUUCAGAUUACAUGAUUUCAGAGGAAGAGCUACGUGAUCUUGGUGUUGGAGGGGUUACGAACUGCCCGCAGCCGAAGAGGAUAUUUGCAGGGAGGAAGAAUGAGGAGAAAGGGAAGGAGAAACAGGCUGAUGAUGAUUUGGGAAAGCCGAUCUGUGGGAUCUGCUUGUCAGAGGAGCAAAAAGCAUCGAUUCAGGGUAUUUUGAAUUGCUGUGCCCAUUAUUUCUGUUUCGCGUGUAUUAUGGAGUGGUCUAAAGUGGAAUCGCGGUGCCCUCUUUGCAAGAGGAGAUUUGUGACUAUUACCAAGUCGUCCAAGUCAGAUCUAGGUUUAGGAAUCAGGAAGCCUGUUAUAAGGGUAGAGAAGCGUGAUCAGGUUUACCAACCAUCUGAAGAAGAAAUGAGGGGUAUGCUUGAUCCAUAUGAGAGCGUCGUGUGUAUAGAAUGCCAGCAAGGUGGUGAUGAUAAUCUCAUGCUACUUUGUGAUAUAUGUGACUCACCCGCGCACACAUAUUGUGUUGGCCUGGGAAGAGAAGUACCUGAAGGCAACUGGUACUGUGAGUGUUGUAGAGCUGCAGGAGAGGGCUCAUCUUUCUCUCAAGCACCCGAUACCGUGUUCGAUCGGGGAGCUAGAAAUAAUAAUGAAAGCCGUCCUGCAAAUGUUGAAAUAGACAUCAAUGCACCUCAAGGUGCAGCUAAUACUAAUCCUCAGAGAUCGAUGUUUGAUUUAAACCUCUCCCCUAGAGAAUUUCCCGAGGAGGACCAGGUGGCAGCAUCACAGGUGUCAACUCUUUCUGGGAGGCGUGCAAUCCAACAGCGUAUAAGGAUUUUGCUCUCCAACAGUAGCAGAUCUAGGCAGAUCUUUCCACGAACUGGUGUGACGCCUGGCAUAGAAUCUGAUAGUGAGCCCUUAGAAAUUCAAAGAAAUCGAGAACCUUUACAUGGUGCGGAAGGGGUGAAUUCUUUUCAGUCUCGUACUAAUUUGGCUCCGUGCAUGCAUAGAGAGGGAAGAAGUUUCAGGAAUGUGGAGGGGGCUAAGGAGCAAGUGCAGUCCAUGGUGAAGAGCGACCUUAAACGCUUGACCAGGGAUUCCCCAUUAGAGCGUGACAAUUUCAAGCGCAUCGCGAGGCGGGCAACGCACAUUAUUUUGGCGGCAUUCGGGAUUAAGCACCACAGUAGAAUGGUCACAGGCCCCCUUCAGCCUCCUCCCAACUGUUCUCACGACUUCGAUGGCAAAGAGCCUGCAUUUGUUUCAAACAAUUGCUGCUCAUCUUGCUUCGGCUCCUUCAUUAAAGAUAUGCUUCAGAAGACGAUACGUGAAAGUUCUGAUCACUAACAUAUGGUUUCCAUCUUUUGGUCUUCUUACCGAUGAUCAUUUAUGUGAUCCGGGGAGGCCUUCUCCAGAACAUCUGCGAGUUUUGGGGGUUCUAUAAGUUAAAUCGGCGUCCUCGAGUUUGUGAACUUCUCUAUACAACGACUUUCUUGGUUUAAACACUCCUGUUGUACAAAGACUUUCUGGCUCAUUGUCGCCUCAUAGGAUUAAGGGUCGGGACAAGAAAGAGAAGAGGAGAGUGCAAGACUGUAGAGGGAAAAGAUGCAAAGCAUACUGUUCUUUUAGGUUCUCAAAUAUUCCUUUUUGCUGAUUUUCUAAACCGAACCGUCACAUCCGGUUAUUGCUUCGUUGUAUCAAACAUUGCAAUCCCACAUUGUUGUCUGACAUAUCCAUUCAUACUUCAUUUCAUAAAAUUCAUAUUUAUUUUAGCACAUUUUGCUAAGUGGUAUACAUUUUUGAGGUUGUGUUUUGUUUUUAGCGUUAAUGGCUUCUCCUAUUUAUAGAACUCAUUUGUAUUUCAUUCA